CAGCUGGCGCUCACAAGAAGUGGAGGCAGUGCUGAGACCGCGGGGCUCCCAGCCCGGGUGGUCUCUGGGAGUUGUGCAGAGGAUGCAGCAGCCACUCAUAGAGGCUGGAGGGGCAUAAGGGUGGCAGGAAUUGGCGGCCGGACAGUCCCUGCUGCCCCCGGGCGGUUUCCCUAAGAGCAUCGGAAACGUGGCGCUAUGAGAAGCAGGAGCAACUCGGGCGUCCGACUGGACGGCUACGCUAGGUUGGUGCAUCAGACCAUCCUGUGCCACCAGAAUCCAGUGACUGGCUUACUUCCAGCCAGCAAUGAUCAGAAAGAUGCCUGGGUCCGGGAUAAUGUGUACAGCAUUUUGGCUGUGUGGGGUUUGGGCCUGGCCUAUCGGAAGAAUGCAGAUCGAGAUGAGGAUAAGGCAAAGGCUUAUGAAUUGGAGCAGAGUGUAGUGAAGUUGAUGCGAGGACUGCUGCACUGCAUGAUUAGACAGGUGGAUAAAGUAGAAUCCUUCAAGUACAGUCAGAGUACCAAGGAUAGCCUUCAUGCCAAGUACAACACCAAAACUUGUGCUAUUGUGGUGGGUGAUGACCAGUGGGGACACCUGCAGUUGGAUGCCACCUCUGUGUACUUGCUCUUUUUAGCACAAAUGACAGCCUCAGGACUUCAUAUCAUCCACAGCUUAGAUGAAGUCAAUUUCAUACAGAAUCUUGUUUUUUACAUUGAAGCUGCAUAUAAAACUGCUGACUUCGGGAUAUGGGAACGUGGAGACAAGACCAAUCAAGGAAUUUCAGAAUUGAAUGCCAGUUCCGUUGGAAUGGCAAAGGCAGCCCUGGAAGCAUUAGAUGAACUGGACCUCUUUGGUGUGAAAGGUGGUCCCCAAUCAGUUAUUCAUGUCCUGGCUGAUGAAGUGCAACAUUGCCAGUCUAUCCUUAAUUCAUUACUCCCUCGGGCUUCAACAUCCAAAGAGGUUGAUGCAAGUCUUCUUUCAGUUAUUUCCUUCCCAGCUUUUGCAGUGGAGGAUAACCACUUGGUGGAGCUCACAAAACAGGAGAUAAUUACCAAGCUACAGGGUCGUUAUGGUUGUUGUCGUUUUCUCCGAGAUGGAUAUAAAACUCCUAAAGAGGAUCCCAAUCGUCUCUACUAUGAACCAGCUGAGCUGAAAUUGUUUGAAAAUAUUGAAUGUGAAUGGCCGUUGUUCUGGACAUACUUUAUCCUUGAUGGGAUCUUCAGCGGUAAUUCAGAACAGGUUCAAGAAUACAGAGAGGCUCUUGAAGCGGUCCUUAUCAAAGGCAAAAAUGGAGUCCCACUUCUGCCAGAGCUUUAUAGUGUUCCUCCUGAAAAGGUUGAUGAAGAAUAUCAAAAUCCUCACACUGUGGACCGAAUUCCUAUGGGCAAGUUGCCUCAUAUGUGGGGUCAGUCUCUGUAUAUCUUGGGAAACUUGAUGGCAGAGGGAUUUUUAGCUCCUGGAGAAAUUGAUCCCCUGAACCGUAGGUUUUCUACUGUGCCAAAGCCAGAUGUUAUAGUUCAAGUUUCCAUUUUAGCAGAGACAGAAGAAAUUAAGUCUAUUUUGAAAGACAAAGGAAUUCAUGUGGAGACCAUUGCUGACGUGUAUCCCAUCAGAGUUCAACCAGCUCGUAUUCUGAGUCACAUUUAUUCCAGCCUCGGACGCAACAAUAGAAUGAAACUCAGUGGACGUCCCUAUAGACACAUGGGAGUCCUUGGAACUUCAAAACUCUAUGACAUUCGGAAAACUAUCUUUACCUUCACUCCACAGUUUAUUGACCAGCAACAAUUCUACCUGGCUCUGGACAAUAAGAUGAUAGUGGAAAUGCUUAGAACAGAUCUCUCCUACCUUUGUAGCCGCUGGAGAAUGACAGGCCAGCCAACCAUCACCUUCCCUAUCUCACACACCAUGUUAGAUGAAGAUGGAGCCACCUUGGAUUCAAGCAUUUUUGCAGCACUCCAAAAAAUGCAGGAUGGCUAUUUUGGUGGGGCAAGGAUUCAAACAGGUAAAUUGUCAGAGUUUUUGACAACAUCAUGCUGCUCACAUUUGAGCUUCCUGGACCCUGGACCUGAGAGUAAGCUGUACAGUGAAGAUUAUGAGGAAAACUACUAUGAACUGGAGUCUGACUACUGGAUCAAUGGCUAUGAUUCAACCAGUAAUGAUGUUUCUAUGUGUCUUCCUACAAAACCAUUUCAAGCUUUCCAGCCUUCAUUCAACUUGCUUGAUUUCCCUCAUCCCUUACAAGAGGACCAGGUUCCCUCUGUUCGUGUAGAAAGAUAUAUUCCUAGGAAAAACUCCAGGGAAGUAGACUUUGAAGCACUGGUUUUACAGCUGAAGGAGACUUCAAGCUUACAGGAGCAAACUGAUGUCCUCUACAUGCUGUAUACAAUGAAAGGACCUGACUGGGACACUGGAUUGUAUGAUGAAGGGAGUUCAACAGUCAGAGAGCUACUUACUGAACUUUAUGGCAAAGUUGGGGAAAUUCGUCACUGGGGCCUAAUUCGAUACAUCUCUGGAAUCUUAAGGAAGAAGGUGGAAGCACUUGAUGAGGCUUGCACAGACCUUCUUUCUCAUCAGAAACAUUUGACAGUGGGGCUCCCUCCGGAACCUCGAGAAAAGACUAUCUCUGCACCUCUGCCCUAUGAAGUGCUUACUCAGCUUAUAGAUGAAGCCAGCGAAGGGGACAUAAACAUUUCAAUCCUUACACAGGAAAUAAUGGUGUAUCUAGCCAUGUAUAUGCGAACUCAGCCUGGCCUCUUUGCUGAAAUGUUUAGACUUCGAAUUGGUUUGAUCAUUCAAGUUAUGGCAACAGAACUGGCCCACUCCCUUCGGUGCUCAGCUAAGGAAGCCAUGGAGGGCCUGAUGAAUCUAAGUCCUUCAGCCAUGAAAAAUCUCCUGCAUCACAUUCUCAGUGGCAAGGAGUUUGGAGUGGAACGAAGUGUGUGUUCCACUCAUUCAAAUGUCAGCCCCGCUAUUUCUAUCCAUGAGAUUGGUGCUGUUGGAGCAACUAAAACAGAACGAAUUGGCAUCAUGCAAUUAAAAAGUGAGAUAAAGCAGGUGGAAUUUCGUAGACUAUCUAUCUCAACUGAAAGUCAGUCACCUGGAACUUCUGUGACUGUAAGUAGUGGGCCAUUUCUUAGUGUUCGUGGCCAGCAGACAUCUAAAGAUAAUCGUCAGGGUCAAUGGCAACGCCGAAGAAGGCUUGAUGGAGCACUAAACAGAGUCCCAGUUGGAUUUUAUCAGAAAGUGUGGAAAGUUUUGCAAAAGUGCCACGGACUUUCAGUUGAAGGUUUUGUUCUUCCUUCAUCAACCACUAGAGAGAUGACUCCAGGCGAGAUUAAAUUCUCUGUUCAUGUGGAGUCUGUUCUGAACCGUGUGCCUCAGCCAGAAUACCGUCAGCUUCUGGUUGAAGCUAUCCUUGUCCUUACCAUGCUGGCUGAUAUUGAAAUUCAUAGUAUUGGAAGUAUCAUUGCUGUGGAGAAAAUCGUGCAUAUUGCCAAUGACUUGUUCCUUCAAGAGCAGAAAGCCCUCGGCGCAGACGAUAUCUUGUUGGCAAAGGACCCCGCAUCUGGCAUCUGUACUCUUCUGUAUGACAGUGCACCCAGUGGCAGAUUUGGCACCAUGACCUACCUCUCCAAGGCAGCCGCCACCUAUGUGCAGGAGUUCCUGCCCCACAGCAUCUGUGCCAUGCAGUGAGACCCUUCAGCCCUGACUUCUGGGAGCCCUUUUACAAGUGGUUCCUGCCUUGGUUAGUUACACUCCUUCCAACCCCUUUUCCAUCCCAUCUGUCAGAAGAGUUAACUCUUCUGAUAAACUGCUUCAAAAGUCAACCUUUACUGUGAGACAUUUGCUCACCUAGGUAUAUCAUUAUGGCCCUUAAUUCUUUCAUGGUUCAUAAAAGUUUGCAUGUGUUUCUACUCUCUCGUUCUGUUAACCAAUAUAGCUUUCUAACUCUUGUCUGAGAAACAGACAUUGAUAAUAAUUGAUUCCUAAUGUUUGGUUGUUUGUAUUUUAUUCAGUUGUAUAAAUGAGUGAUGGCUGUCUUAAGAUACUAUUUCAAGUGCAUAAGCCCAGAUUGUUGGAUUUUUAUGCUGCUAUGAAACUAUUCUAAGUGCCUUUACUUGGGAAAAGAGAGUAACAGACCAUGGUUUCCCUUUCUUUAACUCACGUGUUGCAUCAUACUACAUUGCCUCACAACUCCGUUUUGUAAAGAAUGAUUGUCUCUGCUUUUGUUUUCUCUGUAUUUGUUUAUCUAAUUCUCUUGACAAAAUAUAAAAUGACAAAAGUUCAAUGUGUAUGUUUCAGGGUUUAUUAGCACUUAACAUCAUGUAUUAUAAAGCUUGGUGGUACUCAACAGCAACAGAAGAUGCCAAAUAACCCAGAAAAAUGGGGCCAGGAACUGCAGAGAGGAAGGUGGAAAAAGAGAAGUUUUCUAGGUAAUGUUUUACACCUAGAGAGCAGAGAGAAAAACCAAGGAUAUGGUAAUAGCCUGAAGAGAACCUUAUGUACCUAAUGCUUACAUCUUGGGGGUGGGCUAGUAUACCACAUGGCAGAGUAAUUAAAGCCUCUGUCUUUGUUUAAGAACAAUACAGAAGUCCAGUUUGCAACUGCUUUACCAGUCUCUCUUUGUGCUCACUUGAUCUGACUCACCUACUCAUCUUCUACGUCUAAUCCCCUCCCCAGCAUUCUCCAUAUCUGCAUUUUAUGGACUGUGUUUACUUAUGAGUGUUGUGUGAGAGAGGAAAAUUUAACUGUGUCCUUAGGUUGACACACAGGGCUAGUUCAGGAAUCCUUAAAUUGUCAUCCCUGAUCCUUGUUUGAAAGAAUGUUUUGCCUGACAUUCUUAGUUAAGGUUUCUGUAACAAAAACAAACAAGCAAGCAAAAAAACAUAGAUUGGAUGACAUAGAGUUCCCCUCUUGCUACUUUAUCUAAUCCUAAUUAAUUCCCAAAGAUCAUACCUCCAAGUACCAUCAAGCUGGAGAUUAAGACUUCAACAUAUGAAGUUUGGAGGUAUAUAAACACUCAAUUUGUAGCACUUUCUUUCUCCCGAAAUUCACCUAUUAAUUCUAUUACUUAUACUCAGAUAAAUUACUAUUUCUGUUCCCUCUUCUCCCUCAUUUUAUUUUCUUCAAUAAUGGGGGUUGGGGGAGUCCUCAUAAGAGUCCUUAGUGAAUCAGUGGUGAUCUUAUGAGCGCAUUUGAAUAACUGAACAUAGUAGAAUAGAGUGAUAAAAGCAAAUAGUGGAAGUGAAAAGAGAUGGCCAACCUUUUCAGUACUUCUCCAUAUGGAAACACACACUGAGUAGUUUUCUGAAUAUAUGAUUUUCUUGUCACUUGUAAAGAAAAAUUACAACUUAUUCUUUUUCCUCCUCUUUUUUAGUUUUAUUUGUUAUUGAAUAGAUACAGAGAGAAAUUGAGAGGGGAAGGGGAAAUAGAGAGGGAGACAGAUAAAGAGAUACCUGCAGCCUUACUUCACCACCCAUGAAGCUUUCCCCCUACAGGUAGGGACCAGGGGCUUGAACCCAGGUCCUUGAGCACUAUAAUGUGUGAGCUUAACCAGGUGUGCCACCACCUGGCCCCUUUCCUCCUUCUCUUUCUCAUACUCUUCCUCCUCCUCCUUCUGCUCCACUUCUCCUUUUCUCCAUUCUUCUUCUGCUUUUUACCUUUUGCCUGACUGCCAGUAUAACCUGUCAAUGUGGAGUACAUCUGGAGUGAUUCCGAUGAUGGCCAUUAUUCCCUCUCAUGCUAAUUUGCCCAAGCUGAUGGUUGCAUUUCUCUGGGUUAACUAAAUGAUCAAUCAUUAUUCACACUGUAGAGUACUAUUUAAAGCAACUUUUUAAAUAACUUGAUGCCUUUUUUUUUUCUUAUUUUAAGUAUAUGAUACUAAGUCAUGCUGGAAUUUUUAAAGUACUUAUAUUUUGAAAAUAGAAUAAAGAAAAUAUAUUUCCAAUUAAA